UGUCACCUUGUUUGGAAAUGUUUUUAAAACACGUGCUAUUUUAAUUUUAAAAGUCCGAUACAAUUUUAUAAUAUAAAUACAUAUAAUUGAAUCAAGAAGAGUUUUGUGAAUUGAAUCACAAUGUUUGUCCUGUAUGAAACACCAGCAGGCUAUGCUAUUUUCAAACUAUUAGACGAAAAAAAAAUUGUUGAGGUAGACAACUUAUAUUUAGAUUUUCAAACCCCAGAAAAAGCUAGUAAAUUAAUCAAGUUAAAAAGUUUCGAGAAAUUUAACGAUACAACCGAAGCAUUAGCAGCAGCAACAGCAGCUGUAGAAGGAAAAAUUUCAAAACCAUUGAAGAAAACUUUAAAAAAACUAGUUAGCGAUGAUGUACAACAGCAACUCUUAGUAGCUGACGCUAAAUUAGGGAAUGCCAUCAAAGAAAAAUUUGAUAUAAAAUGUAUUUAUAACACAAAUGUUCAAGAAUUAAUGCGUUGCAUCAGAACGCAAUCUGAAAGUUUGCUUUGUGGUCUUCCUAAAAAGGAAAUGACUGCAAUGGCUCUUGGUUUGGCUCACUCUUUAUCAAGGUAUAAGCUGAAAUUUUCACCUGAUAAAAUUGAUACAAUGAUAGUUCAAGCUCAGUGUUUACUAGAUGAUUUAGAUAAAGAAUUGAAUAAUUAUUUUAUGCGAGUAAGAGAGUGGUAUGGGUGGCAUUUUCCUGAAUUGGGUAAACUUAUUGUGGAUAAUAUUGCAUUUGUUAAAACCAUUAAAUUAGUGGGUACAAGAGAUAAUAUGAUUAAUACAGAUUUGUCAGAUAUUUUACCAGAAGACGUUGAAACAAAAGUUAAAGAAGCUGCCGAAAUAUCUAUGGGUACAGACAUCUCUGAAGAGGAUAUUAUUAGCAUCCAAGCUCUUUGCGAUGAAAUUUUGUCAAUUAAUGAUUAUAGAAGUCAUCUUUAUGAUUAUCUUAAAACCCGUAUGAUGGCUAUGGCCCCAAAUUUGAACGUAUUAGUUGGUGAAACUGUUGGAGCUAGACUCAUUGCUCAUGCAGGAUCUUUAAUCAAUUUGGCGAAACAUCCUUCAUCUACAAUACAAAUUUUAGGUGCUGAAAAAGCAUUGUUUGUUGCUUUAAAGAAGAAAAAAGACACACCAAAAUACGGUCUUUUAUUUCAUGCCGCACUUGUUGGUCAAGCUAGUACAAAAAAUAAAGGUAAAAUGGCGAGAUCAUUGGCUGCUAAAGUGGCUCUUGCAACGAGAGUUGAUGCUUUCGGGGAAGAUUUGACCUUCGAAUUAGGUGCAGAACAUAAAGUAAAGUUAGAAAACAGAUUAAGGUUACUCGAAGAAGGUAAUCUUAGAAGAUUAUCUGGAACUGGAAAAGCUAAAGCCAAACUUGAAAAAUUCCAUUUCAAAUCGGAAGUUUUCACUUAUCAGCCUGAAGCUGAUAGUACUCUUUCAGUGACCAAAGCAAAAAAACGAAAGCACUCAGAAGUAGAUCCAGAUGAUGAAGAAGAGGCAGAAGAAAAACCUAAAAUUAAAGAUGAACCUGAAGAUGACGGGGCGGAGACUUCAGGAAUAGUGAAAUCAGAAAAAAAAAAGAAAAAAAAGAAAAAUAAAGACAAAGAAAGCAAAAAAAUAAAAACUGAAAAAGAUGAAGAUGAUGAAUAAUUUUAACAAGUUCACGUUAACCACUAAAUCUUUGAUGUCAAGUUAAGCUAUCAUAUUAAUAAAAUAUGAAAAUAUAAAUCUUUUAGUUAUAAGAAAAAUUUAUUUUUUUUAAAAAUAAAAUGGAUAUCGAAAUUUGUUUUUAAACAAAAAACUAUUUGUUACUUAUAAAAAGAAAACGAAAUACAUACAAUAUAAUGUAAAAAUAUUUGCCUGAAAAUAAAACUUUUUCUAAAAAUAUA